AUGGCGAUAUCCGAGCUGCAACUAUCACCCUUCGGGACACGAGCCCGUUUCGUGGUGCUGAUGAUAGUAUUGUUAUGUCUAUCGUGUAUAUGGUCCAACAUCCUGACGUUCAAUUUUGCCGUCAUCUGCCAUGAUCGCACCAAUCAGACGGGGACCGUCAGCUUUACCAGCACCGAGCAAAAGUACUCGAUCUCUAUCGUGGCUGUCGCUGCAAUGCUGGCCAAUUUCCCGAUUCUCUCCCUCAUCAACAAACACGGAAUUCGCACGAUAUUCGGGGUGGCUGGACUGGCAUCAGCUAUCGCCACACUGUGCAUACCGCUGGCAAUUCGGACGAAUUUCUACCUGUUCCUCGGCCUCCGCUUCAUCCAGGGCCUCGCCUUCGCCUGCAAUAUGCCGGUUAUCGGGGCGUUUUGCUCGCGGUGGACAUACUAUAAACAGAAUGGUCUCUUCGUCGCCGUUCUCGUCGCGUACCUCCAAAUCGCCCCCGCCUUCACGAAUCCCGUAUCCGGCGCACUUUGCCAGGCCUAUGGGCGCCGAUCGAUCUUCUACUUCCAAGGCGCCGUCAGUCUGAUCGUGUUCUGCGUUUUUGGCCUCUUCUACCGUAACAACCCGAGGAAACAUCCGUUCGUCAAUGAUAUCGAAAAGGACAAGAUUGAGAUUGGGAAGCCGACCGCUGUUGACAAGAAAGAGCUCCAAAAGGUCCCCUACGCGGCAAUCCUAAAGACCCCAGCCAUCUGGGCCGUCUGGGUGGCCUCUAUCGGAAAUUUCACGGUGAUCAACCUCAUCUUCCUCUACUCGCCGAUAUAUUUGAGCAAAGUUCUCGGCUACUCGAUUAGCCACACCGGAUUCACGGCCGCGUUGGCCCCUUUGGCGCAGGCUUGCAUGAAGAUUUUUAUUGGCCAGCUGAGCGACAAGAUCAAGUUCAUCUCGGAGGUGUGGAAGUUGAGGAUGUUCAAUUCGAUCGCCUUCUUCGGGUGUUUCACCCUGUUGUGUCUAUUAUCAUUCACUGAUCCCAACACUCAAGUCGCUAAUAUGAAGCUCUCACUUCUGCUAUUCGGUGCGGCCGGCGGAAUUGUUGGCGCUAACACUGGAGGCUUUUUCCGAGCUGGACCCGUCCUCAGCCGACAGUACAGCCACUUUGUGACGGGAAACAUCUCGCUUGGAAUCACGAUCACAAUGUUCUUGGUGCCAUUCGUCGUGGGGCCCCUGACCCCGGGAAAUACCCCCGAGGAGUGGCGUGUUGUUUUCAUGACGCUUGGAGGGGUUAUGGCGAUCUGCAACGUCAUUUUCUGCAUUUUUGUCCGCGGCGAGCCCUGUGAAUGGACAAAGGCCGAUACCAUCGCCCCGAAUGCGGUGCAGCCCAUGCAAACGGUCGAGGCCCGCAAAUUC